AGUCUCAAGCUGUUGCCUUAGGUAGAGUGCUCAACCUCCAACUCCUGGGCUGAAGCAAGUCUCCUGCCUCAGCCUCCCAAGUAGCUGGGACUACAGUCAUCCAGCAUGCUCUGCUCAGCCCAUACCGGGGCACGCUGACCAUGAGCCUCAGCUCCUCCCUUGGCCACAGCAAGGAGCUGCAUAACCUUACUGCAGAGGAGGCCGGUGAAGGGGGUGUCAUUGUUGCCGAGUUCAUCGCCAUCAUUGUCAUCACCAUUUUUGUCUGCCUGGGCAACCUGGUUAUCGUGGUCACCUUGUACAAGAAGUCCUACCUCCUCACCCUAAGCAACAAGUUCGUCUUCAGCCUGACCCUGUCCAACUUCUUGCUGUCCGUGUUGGUGCUGCCUUUCGUGGUGACCAGCUGCAUUCGAAGGGAAUGGAUCUUUGGUGUGGUCUGGUGCAACUUCUCUGCCCUCCUCUACCUGCUGAUCAGCUCGGCCAGCAUGCUCACCCUCGGGGUCAUUGCCAUCGACCGAUACUAUGCUGUCCUGUACCCCAUGGUGUAUCCCAUGAAGAUCACAGGGAACCGGGCUGUGAUGGCACUUGUCUACAUCUGGCUUCAUUCCCUCAUUGGCUGCUUGCCACCCCUGUUUGGUUGGUCACCUGUGGAGUUCGAUGAGUUCAAGUGGAUGUGUGUGGCUGCCUGGCACCGGGGCCCUGGCUACACUGCCUUCUGGCUGAUUUGGUGUGCCCUGCUCCCCUUUCUGGUCAUGCUGGUGUGCUAUGGCUUCAUCUUCCGCGUGGCCAGGGUCAAGGCCCGGAAGGUGCACUGUGGCACGGUGGUCAUUGCAGAGGAGGAUGCCCAGAGGAAUGGGAGGAAGAACUCUAGCACCUCAACAUCCUCUUCGGGCAGUAGGCGGAAUGCCUUUCAGGGUGUCGUCUACUCGGCCAACCAGUGCAAAGCCCUCAUUACCAUCCUGGUGGUCAUUGGUGCCUUCAUGGUCACCUGGGGCCCCUACAUGGUCGUCAUCACCUCUGAGGCCCUCUGGGGGAAGAACUCUGUCUCCCCUACCUUGGAGACCUGGGCCACAUGGCUGUCCUUUACCAGCGCCAUCUGCCACCCCCUGAUCUAUGGACUCUGGAAUAAGACGGUUCGCAAGGAACUACUGGGCAUGUGCUUCGGGGACCGCUAUUACCGGGAGCCGUUUGUGCAGCGGCAGAGGACGUCUCGGCUCUUCAGCAUUUCCAACAGGAUCACAGACCUGGGCCUGUCCCCACACCUCACGGCGCUCAUGGCAGGCGGACAGCCCCUGGGGCACAGCAGCAGCACUGGGGACACGGGCUUCAGCUGCUCUCAGGACUCAGGGACGGAUGUGAUGCUGCUGGAGGACUACACAUCUGAUGACAACCCUCCCUCCCACUGUACUUGCCCACCCAGGAGAAGGAGCUCGGUGACAUUUGAGGAUGAAGUGGAGCAAAUCAAAGAAGCUGCCAAGAACUCUAUUCUUCAUGUGAAAGCUGAAGUACACAAGUCCUUGGACAGUUACGCAGCCAGCCUGGCCAAAGCCAUCGAGGCUGAAGCCAAGAUCAACUUAUUUGGGGAGGAGGCUUUGCCAGGGGUCUUGUUUGCAGCACGGACCGUCCCAGGGGUUGGCUUUGGGGGCCGCCGAGGCAGCAGAACUCUUGCGAGUCAGAGGCUCCAGCUGCAGAGCAUCGAAGAAGGGAACAUUUUAGCUGCAGAGCAGAGAUGAAGGUGUCAGGGUGAACUGGGGCUGGAGCUGGAGAUGCUGGCCGUGGAGGGGUUCGCAUGACCGUCUGUGCCAGGACCCUGGGAGUAUCACUGCAGACAGUGCACCCAACCCAAAAAGGAAACAUUGGGUGUGCAGCCAUCAGCAAAGGGACUGAAAAUAAUGCCUACAGCCCAUGACUUCAGUGUCUGAUGUGAGACCACACACAGGCUUCUUUGAGGUCUCAGUGAUGGAACCAGAAACAUCUAAAGC